CGAUGGUGACGGGCACGUCGGUGCUGGGGGUGAAGUUCGAGGGGGGGGUGAUGUUGGCCGCCGACACGGUGGGCUCGUACGGCUCCCUGGCGCGGUUCCGGGGCAUCUCCCGCAUCCUCAGGGUCAACGACAGCACCGUCCUGGGCGCCUCGGGGGACUACGCCGACUUCCAGUACCUGCGGCAGGUCAUCGACCAGAUGGUGAUCGACGAGGAGCUGCUGGGGGACGGCCACACCUACAGCCCGCGGGCCAUCCACUCGUGGCUCACCAGGGUGAUGUACAACCGGCGCUCCAAGAUCAACCCCCUGUGGAACACCGUGGUCAUCGGCGGCUUCUCUGGCGGCCAGGGGUUCCUGGGAUACGUGGACAUGCUGGGAGUGGCCUACGAGGCGCCGACGUUGGCCACGGGGUUCGGGGCCUACCUGGCUCAGCCCCUGAUGAGGGAGGUCCUGGAGAAGAAGCAGAGCCUGUCCCAGGACGAGGCCCGGGAUCUCCUGGAGCGCUGCCUGCGGAUCCUCUACUACAGGGACGCCAGGUCCUUCAACAGGUAUGAACUCGCCACCGUCACGGAGAAGGGGGUGCAGGUGGAGGGUCCCCUGACCCUGGAAGCCAACUGGGACAUCGCCCACGUGGUCAGUGGCUUCGAGUGAUCUCCCCGGGGAGCUGCUCCGUGUCCCACCCGCCCCGUCCUUGUUCCUUCUGGAACGUCCUAUCCGUGUUUUGGGAAUAAAAACAGACCUUU